CCUCUCUCUCUCUCUCUCUCUCUCUCUAACAGGCUUAUCAAGACUCCGUCCAGAGGAAACUCGGGUGUGCACUGACUGACUGCUCUGGAGGGCAUUGGUCCGUUCAAGGAGGACCACCCCGGUCCAUACCGCACGAUGAUCCCCUCGCUUGAUACGUUUCUGACCGACCUUAGAAUGCUCUUGUGCUCUUCCAUUGCAGAAAAAAAUGCUCCACGAGAGAUCGUACUCAUAGACUCAGAUUUUGCUUGACUUGCUCCGUCCUGAGAAAAGACAGCGGCGGGGGAUAAACAUAUUUCCAUGCUCCGUCGAACGCCACCCACUGCCAUCAUCAUCAUCAUCUCUGCUCGAAUGGGAUGGAGUGCUCUUAUGAUCCGGGGGCAGCCCAGGCCAACUGAAGCUUUCACAUGCCAACGAACUUCAUCAUCUCUCCGCGACCGGCUGGUUCGGCCAUGUGUCUCCGAGGUACUUGCGAAGUAGGCGUAUGUUAGGUGGGCACCAUAAUGGAUAGCCAUGUCAAUUCACAAGGAGGAUCCCGAUCCGGUGACAGCUCCAUGACGACAACAAUUUCUGGAUCUACAGAGGCUCCACAGAGCACUCUUCGGAGAUCACCGAUGGCCGCGCACAAAAUCAGGUAAAGAACCCGUGACUAUUCCUAACCAACGAAGCCCACGAAAAGAACCCGUGACUAAUGCGAAUGAAACGAUGGCCAACAACUGAUCUUUGCAGCGGUACGUGCGUACGGCCUUCGUGCGUCGUGUAUAUUAGCCAAAAUGCCGGUAGUCUUUCGAAGAUUGAAGGGAGAAGGGAGAAGCUCGGACGGUCAAAAAGAGCAGUUGAGACAUCCCACCUGAAAUUCACACAGUCCUGUCUGUACAGUCCUGACCAUCCUCCAUACCGUGAUAGACAAAUGCCAAUGCUCCACGGCGGUGGACGAGCUGGGAAGGCAAAGGCUAAUGCCAACAGCAUGUAAGCACCUGCCGAAUAUGAUCUCCGAAGUAAUUUCUUAACAAUGAGCACUUACUAAGGAUACUGCAUACUUUAGUGUGAGCGAGUGGUGCGAACGGGAGCGACUGACACAAUAAAUCAGAAUUCGUUUGGGGCAUGGCUGCGAGUAUUGAGUACAGUAGGUGAAUGAAAGCCUCCUAGUCUGUUGAAUUUCAUCGCUGGCUGUUCACCGUUGCAAAUGGUACAUUUGCCAAAGUUAAAGCAUUGACCCACGACGUACAGUAUGUAAAAGCCAUGGGUGCCUGUGUGCAUAAUGGCAGCAACUGAGCACAACAUUGACUACGGAUUCAAGUUUUGAAUGAAGCACGUGGCCAGAAAUUGCUUGUGUGUCACAUCACGUAUGACGGUACCCUGCACCUUCUUUUCAUUCACCUCACCGACUUGUUAAAACCGGCCAACCAGCUCCACAACAGUAACAAAGACACAACUACAGUCCAAUGCUGCAAGGUACGGAGUCGAUUUCGUACUCGGGCUAGGUCAUACAUGUGGACAGACAAGGACUAGUGAUUCUCCACUGACGAUGAAUAUGCAGCAUCAUAACCAAACGACCAGGCGGGAAAGGUUGAUCGCGAAAAGUAUAUCCGAUUCGUACAUGUCAUAUGAAAACUUAUGGCUAGGACCAAGAUCUACCACUAAAUCGGGAAUAAAAUGACUCAUAUGCAGUUAUUGGCUUCGACCGAAUCUGCACCGCCAUCGUUCACCC